AUGGUAGAGUCAAGUCCUGCUUGCAAAGUCGAUGCAUAUGUGCAGAUCUCAUGGCGUUGCGUCGGUCGUUGGUGGUUCUUUGCAUCCGGGGGUUUUUGCCAUUGGGCAACGAGAGCCAAUGUAAGAAUGAGUAAAGCAAGCCAAGUGUUUGCAUUAUUGAGUCAGUAUGCAAGUCGGUAUGCUUUGCACCGCUACUCCGAAGCCACAAGGAUGGCGUUGAAUCAAAUCCCGAAGAAAAGAGGGGAAGUCACAGGAGCCUUCCAAGCCCGAGCGAGGGUAAUCUGGGUCGCUCAAUAUUACCCAGUGCACCCGGCAACCAGCAGACUAGUCAGGCAUAAGAUGUCUGUCAGAAACGUUGAAGCACUGGAAACCCAUGACUUCAGUGGGUAG